AUGGAAGGCCAAAUUCUAGCAGGAAAGAAACGUGAAUCUGAGUGGGAAAGUGAACUGAAGACUUUUGACGACACUAAAGCUGGCGUGAAGGGGCUUGUAGAUGCUGGGGUGACCAAAAUCCCACGCAUAUUUAUUCAUCAGGAUCUGUUUGCUAAGCCUGAUGAUACGUCAGGUUCCGAUGAACCCAACUUCAGUAUUCCUGUCAUAGACCUUCAGGGCUGCGAUAUGGAUCCAAGCCUUCAGGCUGACAUCAUUACACAACUUAGAAUUGCCUGUGAGAAGUGGGGUUUCUUUCAGCUGGUUAAUCACGGAAUCCCAAUGAGCAUUUUGGAGGAGAUAAUUAAUGGGAUACGUAGAUUUCAUUACCAAGGAGUUAAUGAGAAAAAACAGUUCUAUUCUCGUGAUUACACGAGAAAAGUGCUGUACAAUUCCAAUUUUGAUUUGUAUCAGGCACCAGCAGCUAGUUGGAGGGAUACUUUAACCUGUGUUCUGGCACCUAAUCCUCCAAAUUCUGAGGAAUUGCCUUCAAUAUGCAGGGAUAUAAUUAUUGAUUACACCAGCAGAAUUAUGGGAAUAGGAGUUACUCUUUUCCAGUUGUUAGCAGAAUCUCUGGGGCUGAAGCCCAAUCACCUGAUAGACACGGGUUGCGCAGAAGGACUUUAUCUCCUUGGUCAUUGCUACCCAGCAUGUCCUGAGCCAGAAUUGACUAUGGGCUGCACGAAACAUGCUGACAGUAGCUUCCUGACUUUACUUCUACAGGACCAAAUCGGUGGCCUCCAAGUCCUCCACAAAAAUCGAUGGGUCGAUGUUGCCUCAAUACCUGGAGCUCUAGUGGUAAAUGCGGGAGAUUUGUUACAGCUGAUCUCCAACCGUAAAUUUAUUAGCAUCGAGCACAGGGUGGUAGCCAAAAAUGUUGGUCCAAGAAUUUCAGUGUCAUGUUUUUUCAGGCAACAUCUUUGGCCAGAAUCAUCAAGGGUGUACGGCCCUAUAAAGGAGCUGCUAUCAGAAGAAAACCCUCCAGUCUACCUGGAAACCACCGUGAAGGACUUGAUACAACUCAAACACUUGAAAGGAAAUGAUGGGGUUUCCAGACUGGAACAUUUAAAGCUGUGA